ACAAGAAACGCUUCGAUGAGCGGGGACGGAAGCGACUUGCUGGUGCCAGUGGAGUGCAGCAGUAGAGGUGCCGCUCGGUGGAGUUACCCCAAAUAAUAAAUCAAGCGCCUUCAACCUUAUCACUGUACGUCAGUUUCUCGAGCCACGUGACCGCGAGAGGCAUCAAAGAGCUGUUGCAGGAUGGCAGAGGAAGUGAGGACGCUGAAUAGAGGCAUUGUUCAGAGAUUAGCGUCUGUUGUCGGCAUCCACAGUCUGGUUAGCAGCGUGUGGGGCUACGUGGACACCACAAUAAGGUGGUGCUGGAUCCCCAACUGGCUGCCAUCAUGGUGUCCCACCUCUCAGAGCCAGCUACAGACUGCAGAGGACAUGAUGCUGAGAUAUGUGAACAGUGCUUUCUCUAGACAGUAUGUCCCCAUCUCCCACGGCAACCUGCUGUGGACCCUGACUUUUAGCAGUGACAGUGUCAGAGAAAAAACCCCUGUGGUUCUGCUCCAUGGAUUUGGAUGUGGCGUGGGCCUUUGGGCUCAAAAUCUGGAUGCCCUCUCUCAGCAUCGGCCUGUUUUCGCCCUGGACCUGCUGGGCUUUGGUCAGAGCAGCAGACCCUCAUUCUCCUCAGAUGCUCAGGAGGCAGAGGACCAGUUUGUGGAGUCUAUAGAGCAGUGGAGGGCUAAAGUGGGCCUGGAGUCCAUGAUACUGCUGGGCCACAACCUGGGAGGAUACCUUGUUGUGUCGUACGCUAUUAAAUACCCAGGCAGAGUAAAGCACAUAAUCCUGGUUGAGCCGUGGGGUUUUCCUAAGCGGCCAGACACAGUAGAGGACGAUCGUCCCAUCCCAGUGUGGAUCAAAGCCCUCGGGGCCAUGUUCAGUCCAUUCAACCCCCUGGCUGGCCUGCGACUCAUCGGACCAUUGGGUCCCACUCUGGUCCAGACUCUGAGACCUGACUUCAAGAAGAAGUUCUCCUCCAUGUUCAGUGACAACACUGUGUCAGAGUACAUCUACCACCUGAACGUUCAGACACCAAGCGGGGAAACAGCUUUUAAGAAUAUGACCAUCCCCUACGGCUGGGCUAAGAGACCGAUGCUGCAGAGGCUGGACCAGCUGCAAUCUGAGAUCCCUCUCACCAUCAUCUAUGGCUCCCGUUCCAGCAUAGACAGCAACUCCGGCAGCACCAUCAAAGAGAUGAGACCCCACUCCCAUGUGGAAAUCAUAACAAUCCGUGGAGCCGGACACUAUGUGUACGCUGACCACCCAGAGGACUUCAACCACCGAGUUUUGCAAGUGUGUGAUGAAGUGGACUAAAGCCAGGACGAGCUGGGUUACUAAAAGGGGAGCACCAAUAAUUGGUGGAACCACAGAUCCUACUUUUCUCAAAGCAGGAAUAAGGAGUGUUUGUGCAUAAAACACUAAAAAAGGAGCAGUGAUCAGUUUGACUCGUAUGUCAUGACAUGCUGAUGUUCCCCUGUUAUGUCAGCUGACUAGUGAUUCAAUCACUUUUUUUUAGAAACAUGUUGAAUAUGGGAUUUAAGAUGAUACACUGAUAAAUUUAAUGUUGUCUAACAACAGUUUCUGGUUGUUGUUUUUUUAAACAUUGGUUCUGUGGGACACACAUGCAAAUAUAUAAGUGGUGCUAUAGCUUCUUGGCUAAUUAUUCUCACAUUAGUUAUCUUCUCAGAACUGCCUUUUCCAAAUGCAGUGGAAAAACAAAGAAAGGAGGCAAAUUCAGAUAUUCAGCUGAACACACAACCAGCCACACAGUGUUAGUAUUCAGUGAAUGUACAUUAUUGCACAUAUGUGGCCGUUAGUCGUUACUGUUGUCUGUUUAUUAUGUAAUCAUGUGAGAAUUUUUCAACAUUAAACUGAUAUUUUAAUAUAUUUGGUAAAAAAAAUAGUUACAUGUAAAAUGUUAGGAAUCAAAUUUUAUAAUAUACUUGUAUAUAUAAUUAUUUAUACCAUACCAAUUUCACCUAAAAUGAUAUCAGAUCAUAUCUGCGCCACUACCUUCAUAAAGCUCAGUUACAGUGUCAUGUGGUAUUUCCUGUAUGGUGCGCAGCCUGUGCUUUGUGGUUUUUUUCAUAUGAUGACAGGAAGUAUACUCCCAGUAUACAAUGGUGGUGCGUCAGCACCAGGAAGCUGAUCUGCUGCCAGUAAUAAUCUGUUCUAUAGCGUCUGUCUGAAGUGCUGGUUUUGGCUUUGCUUUCUAACUCGGUUUACUUUAGCUGCAUGGGUUGUGAAUGUUUGUGAGGAAACCCAAUUUAGCUCCAGUCUAUGGCACUGGUGCACAGCAUUUGCACGUUUUAGACUGCUGCUUAUAAAGCAGUCCAUAUAUGGUCUAUAGUAGAGUAUGAUCGACUCUAGUCUAAAGUGUGCAUACACUAUAAAUAAAUAUGAACUUGGACAUGUUCUGCAUUUCUAGGUCUAAUGCUAAUUACUUUAAAGAGAAUCACCUACGUUUGCUGGUUAAAAGGCAGCUACACUGUGAUUUUUGACACAGAUCAAGGUCAGAUGACCGAAGACAUCUUGUCUUUUGUAAAUUGAGUGAAAUUGUGCAAAUUAUUUUACUCCCAAAAAAAUGUCCUCCCCUGUGAUCUCUCCAUUCCUACCACAUUUUAAGUGUAAACAUAAAU